AAGAAACCGAUUUCUUUUCAGUUUCUUUGGAAAACAUCAAUACCGACGUCGCCGAGCUCGAAAAGGGAAUGGACGCCGUGCGGAAGGAAGCAGAGAUCAGAGGAAGGGGAAGCCACAGUCUGGUUGUGAGAGAUUUUCUUGCGAACGCAGAGGAUAAACUAAGAAGGUUGAAAAGCGACGCGAAAAUGGCACAGGACGCUUUCAGAGAAUGCGUCGAGUUCUUUGCAGAAUCUCCCCGAACGACUGAUGCCAAUACUUUCUUCUCCUUGUUGGUACGAUUCGUCAAAGCAUUCAAGACGGCCGAUCAAGAAAAUGAACAGAGAAGAAGGUUAGAAUUGGCUGCAUUAAACGCCAACAACAAAACACCCGAAGAAGUGGCGAAAAAGAACAAGAUCAACCAAAAGAAACAGCAGGAUGCUGUGAUAAAUGAACUUAAAACAAAAACAAGAAUGGUACAGGAAAAGAAAUUGCUUCAGCAAGACGAAGUGUACAAUGGUGCUUUGGAGGACAUUUUGUUGGGGCUCAGGAGCGAGCCCUAUCGUAGAGCAGAUGCCGUCAGAAGGAGUCAGAGGAGGAGGAUCGACAAUAAUAGGUUAUCCAAAACUCUGGAGGAGUUGGAAGUGUAAAUAUUUAGAUCACGUGAAUUCCUUUGGAAAACACUCUGAUGUUUUGUAUUCGAAAUCUUCCCGAAAACUGUGAUUUUAGUGCUCUCAAAAAUCUCUUCAUUUCUCGAAUACUGACCUGUACAAUUUCAUUAUGCAGUUUUACAGAUAACAAACUCAUUUAAUGAAUUCAUUCAAGUUAAUCAGGAUUUUUCAUGAAUUUUUGUACACUAUUGAAAAUAUUUCUGAAAAUAGCAAAGUAGUGAAACUUUCUCACUUACAAAAAAACUCCUCAAACUGUUCGAAAACGAUCAUGAGACCACAUACUCACAAUACUUUGCAGAGUGAUUGACAAAUGCGUAAAUACUUAUUUUUCAUGAUCAUUUCAAACUGGUAUACACAAAGACUGAUUCUGCUUUUGAAUAACUUAGCUCUUAGACAUGUGCUGAAUUUUUAGGGGGGGAGGUUAUAUGAUACCUUUCAAAAUUCAUCAUUUUUAUAGUCUUGAAAUUGAGUUUCGGAUGUAAGCAGUAGCUCAAGUAGGGGAGCUAAUUUGCCAAAAGUUCUUGUGUGGCUUUUAUGAAUUUUGAUAUUAAUUACAACUGGAACAUUUUACAAUCAUCCCACACAAAAAAAGUGAGACAGAAAAAUAGAAAACUUUUUUUUAAAAAGGUGCUGAGCACCUGUACGACUUUCAUCAAACAGGUCAUUUAUAUUGUCAUGCCGUAUAAAUUAGUCAGUUCGUGGAGUAGUAAAAGUUACAUCAACCCCCCUACACUUCGUUGUGAGAUUUUAAACAGUUUCACCAAAACGCUAUACAAUAGCUUCAUCAGGCGUGUCUAUACCCGCUAAACAGCAUUGACACACCUGAAGAAGCUUUUGUAUAGCGAAACACGUGUUGAGUUUUUGCAGAACUGUCAAGCAAAAAUCUUACAAUUACGUCUUUCUUGAAGACUUUAUUUAGAAAAUGGAUGUACUAUAGAACAGAUACAUAUCUCAUUCACUAUGACGUAAUAAUGCCAGUGCAAAAAAUAAAAAAUCUGGCAAUAUAGAAAUAAAAAUUGUUGAUUGAUAGUUUAUCUGGUUAUUGACACUUUUCAAAUCUGUCGAAUGUUAUUUGUUAAUUUUCAUUUGUCAAUUGACCGUUUGAAGGGUGUUAUCUGUUGAAUGAUACUUCUCAAAUAUGUCGAUGGAAAGAUUAAAAAGUGCUAAUUAAUAGAUUUCAAACAAUUCUGGCAAUAUAAAAAUAAAAAUUGUAAUUUGAUGGUGUAUCUGUUGACUGAUGCUUUUCAAAUCUGUCGAUUGACCCAUUGAAAAGUGUUAUCUGUUAAGUGACACCUUUAACAUCUGUCAAUUGACAAACUAAAAAGUUCCAAUUGACAGAUUUCAAGCAAUUCUGUCAAUAUAGAAAUAAAAUUUGUAAAUUGAUAGUUUAUCUGUUUAAUUGACACUUUUCAAAUCUGUCAAUUGAGCGAUUGAAGGGUGUUUUAUGUUAAAUGACACUUUUCAAAUCUGACAAUACACAUACCUUAUUUGAAACGUAAGAAAGCAUAAAAGGGCCAUAGUAAUUAUUUUUUUGAUUCAUGAUUUUCCAACAUUUAACUCGAAAGUUCCUACUCCAAAUUAGAAAUAUUGUGAAUGUAAUAGAGGUCAGGUUAGAUUAAGAGAUUAAGUUGGAUUAUAAUAAUGGAACGUCUAAAUUUUGAGUUCGAAGUCAGAAUUUCCUAAUAACAUCAUAGAAGAAAGUGAGGUUAACAUAAAGCUAUCAAUUGAAAGUUUCAAAACGUGUCAAUUUACACUAUCGCCAUUACGCCAUCAUACUAAUUGAAUAUCCAACAAAAGAAUUUAAAAUUAAGGAAAACUUAUUUCCCAAAUUUCUAAAACCACAACUAGGUGAGCGUAAUAGUCUGAAUAAUAAGUAAUACUCUGUCUUAUAUUUACUGAGAGUAACAACAGGUCAGAACAGUAAUUUCAGUUGUUUCCAGCACACUUUGUACAUUAGUCGAAUACUCUUUGGAUACUGUAUUUAUAUAUUCGUGCAUAAAUUGUGAUUUAUAUAUUAUUUAAGUUGUACAUACAAAUUUUAGUUGAGGAUAUAGUUAAUUUAAUGCUAUUGAAAGUAUUUAUAGUUCACUCAAUGCGAUUUUUAUUAAAUAUUCUGUUUACGUGUUGACAUUCCCUUCCCAAGUUUGAAAAAAAAAUACUGCGCACAAAAUUUAGUAUAAGUGAUCUCGAAUAUGUCUAGACUCUUAUAUAUACGGCAAUAUUUUUAUGACUUUUGAUACUGAAUAGAGGUUUAUAAACAAAAUGGGAUACAUUUUGUAAGAAGAGAGAUAUAACUUAUUUAUGAUUACUCAAUAAAGUGAAUUGUAUAUUUCGA